CGCCAGGGAUGAACUGAACUGAAAGAUAUAAAGGAUGACUGGCUUGACAACACAGCUCCAAUCCUUCCCAACAUCGACCGAUCGAAAAUACUUGGGAUCUAAUACUAAGGAAGGAUGGUUGAUGCAGUGGUUAACAUGGAGAGCGUCGCUGCACUGAUAAGGGCCCUUCCCAGCAGCUACAUCCUCAUGGGCCUAGCUGUUAUUGUUCUCUACUGUCUAUACCAGUCAACCAUGGUGACGGACAUUCCGCACAUCAAAGGCUUGCCCGAAAUCCCAGGAGCCGUUCCAAUAUUCGGCCAUCUUCGGAAAUUGGGUGAUGACCACGCAAGUGUUUGUGAGCGCUGGUGGCGACAGUAUGGUCAUUCAGUCUUUCAGAUCAAGCUCGGUAAUACCCGGGCGGUCGUUUUCAACUCCUUCGAAGACUGUCGCACCGUGUUAUUAGGCCAUCAAAAUGCAAUCAUCGAUCGGCCGAAGCUGUAUACAUUUCACGGGGUUAUCAGCAGUACUCAAGGAUUCACCAUCGGCUCAUCUCCCUGGGAUGAUUCCUGUAAGAGAAAGCGCAAGGCAGCUGGUACGGCAUUGGGCAGGCCAGCUUUGAGGAAUUACCAUCCCAUGUUCGAUUUGGAAAGCUAUUGCAUUGUCCGAGAUCUCUUUCGCGACAGUAAAAACGGCCAAGUGGAACUCAAUAUUCGCCCAUACAUUCAAAGAUACGCCCUCAAUACGACCUUGACUCUAUGUUACGGUAUUCGCAUGGACGAAGUCUAUGAUGACCUUCUCCGGGAAAUCCUUCAUGUGGGAUCAGCGAUUUCCUUGCUGCGAAGUGCGUCGGAGAAUCUGCAGGACUAUAUUCCUAUUUUACGUUAUGCGCCGAAUAAUGAAAAGACCGCUCGGUCCAAGGAGCUUAGGGAGCGUCGAGACGCUUACCUCAAUCUCCUCUUGAACAAAGUUCGCGAUAUGAUCAAAAAGGGAACAGAUAAGCCAUGCAUUUCUGCUGCCAUUCUCAAGGAUGAAGAGACUAAGCUUAGUGGUGUGGAGGUCUCCUCUAUCUGUCUUUCGCUAGUGUCUGGUGGAUUUGAAACAAUCCCGGGGACACUAACUUCAGUCAUCGGUUCGUUGUCCACCCCAGAAGGCCAGGUCUGGCAAGAUAGAGCAUAUGAGGAUAUAAAAAGAUACUACCCAGAUACAGAAGACGCCUGGCUAGCAUCUAUCCAUGAGGAGAAAGUUCCCUAUGUGAACGCCAUCGUCAAAGAGGCAGGGCGGUACUAUACAGUCAGCUCUAUGAGUUUACCCCGGAAAACUGCGACAGAAGUGCACUGGAACGGAGCUAUCAUUCCUCCAAAAACAAUGGUCUUGAUAAAUGCGCAAGCAGGUAACCACGACGUUGACCACUUUGGACCUGAUGCAGGCAGAUUCGAUCCUGAGCGAUGGCUAAGAUCCGUCGACCCUCCCUAUGAGAAGGAGAUCCAAGGACUACCGCAUCUGAGCUUUGGGGCCGGAUCUCGUGCUUGUUCGGGGCAAGUUAUCGCAAUCAGGCUGCUAUACACGGCACUGGUGCGCAUUCUCUCAUCGUAUAAGAUUGUGGCCAGUGAAGAUCAACCUCCGAACACUGACUACGUCGAGUACAAUCAAUUCAAGACAGCUCUAGUGGCUAUUCCGAGGGAUUUCAAGGUCAGAUUAAUUCCGCGGGAUGAUGUAUUGACUCGACAGUGCUUAGAGGCGGCUGAGUUGAGGACUAAGGAGCACUACAGGGAGUGAUAUUCUGGGGAAUUUGAGACCAAAUUAGUAAAUUUAACAACAUGAAAAAUGAAUAUAUCAUAGUUUGUUCUUG